GGUGGCGGUAAUGCACCAUUUACAUUGGUUUUGCAACCGCCAUAAAAACCCUGAAUAAGAGGAAGAAGAGUACGUUGGUCCGGCAGUCGGCCUGAAUCAGAGAAAUAAAACGUUUUUCUAAGUUUGUUUUACUUCAGGCUAAACAUGGAUUUGAAUGAUGCGAAUUUACAAACUCUCACUGAAUAUCUGAGAAAGACAUUGGAUCCUGAUCCUGCUGUUAGACGUCCAGCUGAAAAAUUCCUUGAGUCUGUGGAAUGCAGUCAGAAUUACCCAAUCUUGCUCCUGACACUGCUUGAGAAGUCCCAGGACAAUGUUAUAAGAGUCUGUGCUGCUGUUACUUUCAAAAACUACAUUAAACGAAAUUGGAGAAUAGUUGAAGAUGAACCAAACAAGAUCUGUGAUCCAGAUCGAACAGCUAUUAAAGCCAACAUUGUACAUUUGAUGCUUAGUAGCCAAGAGCAGAUUCAGAAACAACUGAGUGAUGCCAUUAGUAUAAUUGGGCGGGAAGAUUUUCCUCAGAAAUGGCCAGAUCUUCUGACUGAAAUGGUAACACGAUUUCAGAGUGGUGACUUUCACAUCAUCAAUGGAGUCUUAAGGACAGCACAUUCACUCUUCAAAAGGUACCGUCAUGAAUUUAAAUCAAAUGAGCUGUGGUCAGAAAUAAAAUUAGUCCUAGAUACUUUUGCUGGGCCUUUGACGGAGUUAUUUAAGGCUACAAUUGAACUUUGUCAGACCCAUGCCAAUGAUGUUAAUGCUUUGAAGGUUCUUUUCUCUUCAUUGACACUUAUUUCUAAACUCUUCUACAGUCUUAAUUUUCAGGAUCUUCCAGAGUUUUUUGAGGAUAACAUGGAAACCUGGAUGACAAAUUUUCAUAAUUUGCUGACUUUGGAUAACAAACUUUUACAGACAGAUGAUGAGGAGGAGGCUGGACUCCUGGAACUGCUAAAAUCUCAAAUCUGUGAUAAUGCUGCCCUUUAUGCACAGAAAUAUGAUGAGGAAUUUCAGCCAUUUUUGCCUCAGUUUGUUACUGCCAUUUGGAACUUAUUGGUCACUACAGGUCAGGAAGUGAAAUAUGAUUUGCUUGUAAGUAAUGCUAUUCAGUUUCUGGCCUCUGUGUGUGAAAGGCCGCACUACAAACAACUAUUUGAAGAUCAGAAUACACUGACUAGUAUCUGUGAGAAAGUGAUUGUCCCAAACAUGGAGUUCAGAACUGCAGAUGAAGAAGCAUUUGAAGAUAACUCUGAAGAAUAUAUUAGAAGAGAUCUGGAAGGGUCAGACAUUGAUACACGUCGACGGGCAGCUUGUGACCUAGUCAGAGGGCUUUGCAAAUUCUUUGAGGGGCCAGUGACUGGCAUAUUCUCUGGCUAUGUAAAUUCAAUGCUGACAGAGUACUCCAAGAAUCCUUCCAUAAACUGGAAACACAAAGAUGCAGCCAUUUACUUGGUUACUUCCUUGGCAUCUAAAGCACAGACACAAAAGCAUGGCAUAACUCAAGCCAAUGAACUAGUGAACAUUACAGAGUUCUUCGUAAAUCACAUACUUCCAGAUCUCAAAUCUUCAAAUGUAAAUGAAUUUCCAGUUUUAAAAGCGGAUGCCAUCAAAUAUGUCAUGAUAUUCAGGAGUCAGCUUCCAAAGGAACAAAUACUUGGUACUAUCUCACUUUUGAUUAACUAUCUCCAGGCAGAAAGUAUUGUUGUUCAUACAUAUGCUGCUCAUGCACUGGAAAGACUUUUCACAAUGCGGGGCCCAAGCAACACAACUCUAAUUGCUGCUGCAGAGGUAGCGCCUUGUACUGAACAAUUAUUAACCAAUCUUUUCAAAUCAUUGACAUUACCUGGCUCAUCUGAAAAUGAAUACAUAAUGAAAGCAAUUAUGAGGAGCUUUUCUCUUCUCCAGGAAGUCAUUGUUCCAUAUGUUCCAACUCUCAUUGUUCAGUUAACUCAAAAACUGCUCCUCGUUAGCAAGAAUCCAAGUAAGCCCCACUUCAACCAUUACCUGUUUGAGUCUCUCUGUUUAUCUGUAAGAAUAACCUGCAAAGCCAACAUUACAGCAGUAAGCAGUUUUGAAGAGGCACUCUUUCCUGUCUUUACUGAGAUUCUACAGAAUGAUGUCCAAGAAUUUGUCCCGUAUGUGUUUCAAGUGAUGUCCCUCUUGCUAGAGAUGCACACUUCAGAAGUUCCAGCAUCAUACAUGGUCCUGUUCCCUCAUCUUUUACAGCCUGUUUUGUGGGAGCGAGCUGGCAACAUCCCACCACUGGUGCGACUACUACAGGCCUACUUGCACAAAGGAGGUGUGACCAUUGCUAACGUAGCAGCUGAUAAAAUUCCUGGUCUGCUGGGUGUUUUCCAGAAGCUCAUUGCUUCAAAAUCAAAUGAUCACCAAGGCUUCUAUCUUCUUAACAGCAUCAUCGAGUAUAUGCCUCUAGAGUCGAUUAAUCCAUAUCGAAAGCAGAUCUUCAUUCUACUAUUCCAAAGGCUUCAAAACUCUAAAACAACAAAAUUCAUCAAAAGUUUCCUAGUGUUUGUAAACCUGUAUACCAUUAAAAAUGGAGCCAUCGCCCUUCAGGAAAUUCUUGACAGCAUUCAACCAAAGAUGUUUGGCAUGGUUUUAGAGAAGAUUGUCAUUCCAGAAGUACAGAAAGUAUCUGGCCUGGUGGAGAAGAAAAUUUGUGCAGUUGGGAUAACAAAGAUACUCACAGAAUGCCCUGCCAUGAUGGACACAGAUUAUACAAAAUUAUGGAUCCCGUUACUGCAAGCACUGAUUGGCUUGUUUGAGUUGCCUGAAGAUGACAGCAUUCCAGAUGAUGAACACUUCAUUGAUAUUGAAGAUACUCCUGGAUAUCAGACCGCCUUCUCUCAGCUUGCAUUUGCUGGUAAAAAGGAACAUGAUCCUAUUGGAGAAUCAGUGAGCAACCCCAAGAUCCACUUAGCUCAAUCACUGCACAAGCUGUCCAGCGCAUGUCCUGGAAGGGUCUCAUCUAUGUUGAAUACCAAUUUAAGUCCAGACACUUUGCAAUAUCUGCAUGGUUACCUCCAGGCAGCCAGUGUCCAGCUCAUCUGAAACAAGCAGAAGAUCCCAGGCUUGUUCCAUUUUCUAGACUGUUUUCAGAGCACAGUGCACAUAGCAGUUUCCAAGCCUCAUCAGACACCCUGUUUUUGUUACCACAGUGAGAUGAUGCUGACGCUAUCAUGGCAAACAUUAAACUUUUGGACGCUUAAUUAAAAGAGAACAUGAGGUCUGCUUAGUGGGAUGUUUUAAGACUUUUAAAUACAUUUAUAUUGAUAGAACUAAACACUGAAAACCUGACUGGCAUCUGAACAAUAUUCAUGUUAAAUAAAAUACAAUGAGGUAGACUCCAUUUUCCUACAGAAAUAUUGGUGUGAAAUUCACCAUUUUUGUUUCUCAUUCUGAUGGAAGGGAAUAGUUGUAACAUUGGAGAAAUGUUGCAGGAAAACAUUUUCAGGCCUUGCAUUACACACUGUAUAUUUGUAUCUGUUCGAUAUGUCACUGGAGUUUCAGUGAUUCACAUUAGUAUUUGCUCUGUUCUAGAGUAUAAACCCCGUUUCCAAAAAAAUAAAAUAUAUAAACAGACAGGCAAAAGUUCCUCCAAUUCCAGCCUUGAUCUGUAAAGUGGUAUUUAGAGCGGUAAAUUAUGUCCUAUUACAAAACUUUUUCUAUUAUAACACCUCUAAUUUUUUUUUUCAUAAAGGAGUGUGUUUUAUUUGUACUUGUCCUUCUCAGUUCAUUGAAUUGGAAUGAAAUGUGAAUUAAAUAAAAAGCACUUGUGUAAA